UCUUUUGCUACAAGAAUGUGUUCUUUUGAAUUCAAACACAACAUAGGACACACAGGUGAGCAGGCGCCAUUGUGGAUUAAAGGGAACCAAAGGCCAAGGACACACAUGACCAACCACCGGACCCUAGUUUGGACCAAAGUCGAGACAGAAAUAGUUAAGGAGAUUGCGGUGCCACAGGCUGCCCUGGGUACCCCAGUCCCUGGGACAGGGAACAGCCUCCACUCGCCUGUGGCUGAGGAGGUGGGCGUCCCAGCACCUGCUCCAGGGCUCCUGCAGGUCACAGAGAGACGACAGCCUCUGAGCAGCGUCUCCUCCCUGGAGGUGCACUUUGACCUCCUGGACCUCACCGAGCUGACCGACAUGUCCGACCAGGAGCUGGCUGAGGUCUUCGCCGACUCAGAUGACGAGAACCUGACCAGCGACUCGCCUGCAGGCCUACACCCACUGCCUCGGGCCGGCUGUCUGCGCUCCCCAUCCUGGACCCGCAGCAGGGCUGAGAAGAACCGUGAGAAACAGCCCUUUGGCGACCCUGAGCGGCAACCCACCAUCGUGGACACACUUCUCACCGUGGAGAGGCCCAAGGAGGACUAGGCCGGCUGGCCCCAGGGCCGAGACAGGGCAAGCCGGGACAACUGUGCCCGUGGACACUGCCCGCCCACAUGGCUCUGGGAUGGGGUCUCAGGGUGCCUCAGCAUAAGCACAGCCCAGUGGCCUUAUGUCCAGCUCAUUCCUGGUCCCUGGAUCAGGGACAACGCCUGGAGAUGAGAAAGGAGUGGCCUGAGCCUUCUAGAAACUUCCGUCUGCAGGACUGGUGUUCUGAUCUGUCAUCCACCUCCAGAGUGGGUGCAGGGUGAGCGGGGACCUGCCUGUGAGAGGCACUCUGCAGACCCCUCGGGGGUCUCAAGUUCCACUCCAUGAACAGCUAAGCCAAGCUCCAGCCCAUGGGACACUGCUGUUCAGCCAAGUACAUGGGUGGGAGAGUCAGCCCUGAAAACUACCACCUUGACUUCAGCUGUCUGCUUCCUGCCGCCAAGGGAGCACUGUCAGCACCAGACACCCAGGCCCUAAGACCCAAGACCCUGCUAGUCCUGGUCCCUGCGUGACAGCCAGGCCCACCUUCCUUAGCUUGGACCCCAAAUAUGACAUGACUGCCUCAGGCUGCAAGGCAGAUGGGGCUCGCCCUCUCCCAUCCCAGGCCCAUCCCAGUCCCCCCAGCCCAUCAUGCAAAUGCACACGCAGGCACACGCAUGGGUCUGUGUCCCUGGCUGGCAUCCCCACCUGGGGUGAGGCAGCCUGAACGAGGUGGGGACGUGAGGGGGAACUGGGCAUAGCCCCUGGCCCCCAGUUCUGAGGCACCAGGCUCAGCUGCUCCCAGUGCCACUCACGUGCGACUGGACAGAGCAGGCUUCUGGUCUGACAGUGAGUCCAAGAACAGUUCUAAAAUAAAUGUGUAAGCUUGC